GGCCAGCGAGAGAGAUGUUACAGCUUAAAGCACUUUACUUUUUGUACUUCCCUGUUUUCCGUCUUACGUUUUAACUUCAUGACUUCAAAACCGAGCACCUAAAUGAAACCGUUCGCCUCUCAGAGGUCACGUGUCGGACGUACUUUAGGUCUUUUUAGCCAACGUUAACAUUAGUUAGUUUAGUGAAAACGCACCGUUUGAAAAUGAGGAAUGAUUCUCUCCUGUCGAGCAUUAACGUGGUGCUCGUUAUGGCCUACGGGAGCCUGGUCUUUGUUUUGCUGUUCAUCUUUGUCAAAAGACAAAUUAUGCGGUUUGCCAUGAAGUCUCGAAGAGGACCACAUGUUCCUCUCGGCCACAAUGCUCCCAAGGAGCUGAGACAAGAAAUUGAAGCCAAACUGAGCCAGGUUCAGAAAAUCCACUUUGAGCCUCGUCUGCUGUCCCCAGACGAUGACCGACUAAAGCACAGAGAACAGUCUGGUUCCAGUGACUACCUGUACAGGAUGAGAGCACUGGAUGCCAUCAGAGACACAGAUCUGCCUUUCCGUGAACUGGGUGGCUCGUCCACUGCUGUGACGGGUAAAAGACUUCGGACGUGGCUACUGCGGCUACGAAACUCUGAGUGCAUGUUCCGAGAUGGCCUGAGCUCGCUCAUCGACACAGUGCUGGAUGGGUACAACAAAGCACGCCAUGGGGCUGAGGCUUUUGGUGAAGCAGAGUUUUUGAAAUACCAGGAAGCUCUGACUGAACUGGCUUCUGUCGUCAAGUCUCACAGCAACAGCAGCAGCAGCAGCAGCACUACGAGCCAGUACCACCAGUCCGCAGCCAAAGACCUGACCAGCGCCACAGAGCCUGCUAGCUCCUCCUCCUCCCCCACCCAAACCACCUACCUCACAUCUUCGAUGCAACAGCGCAGCAAGCGGCCCAGGAACUUCCUGGAGCUGAAGAACUUCAAAGACAACUACAACACUCUGGACAGCACGCUCUGAAAAUCUGUGACGCCCGUCCAAAGGAAAGGUCAAAGACAAGGCAGAGCUGCCAGCAAUGAAAGAAGUGCCUAUGUAUGGCGACGGGUCACUGUUGCCAGAUAGUAUAGAGUGAAAUGAUGAACCCACUGCCUUCAUAUACUAACAUGUAUUGCCUGGUUUACAGUAUAAUGCAUAUCAGACUCAGUGCUCUUUAUCUAAAUGUAGCUUUGGCGUAUGUCCAGUAUUAAUGCAUGUACAAGUGCUUUACUACAGUGAGUGACUAUAGUAAGUAGGGUUGAUUUGACCAAAACACAUCCAGAGCUAUGAGGCUAUGCAACAGCAUAAGACAAUCAGUAUUUAUUGCACAAUGUAAAGGCCUAUGCAGACUUAAAAUUAACCAACUGUAUGUAAACAAGCUAAUAAAAUAAUGUUAGUAGAGAAAACCAGUGCUAAAGGGACAGUUCAACUCCAAGUUAAAAAUACAUACUGUAUCUGUUACCUGUAGUGCUGUUUAUCAGUCUAGAUUGUUUUGUUGUGAGUUGCAGAGCGUUGGAGAUUGGCUGUAGACAUAUCUGCCAUCUCUCAAAUAUAAUAUAUAACUGGAUGGCACUCGGCUUGUGGUGCUCAAAGUGUCAAAAAAUGCAUUUGUAGCCGUGGAGAACGUCAACAAGCCUUUUGUCCAUGAGUAGAUGAACGUUUCCUUCUGUGCUCUGAUACAGUUGGUAGGUGUAGUUCAACUGAAUUGACACAAGGUCCCGCCGCCGGACGCAGACUGGCCAAUCAUAACGUAGCAUCAGGCCAGCUCAGACCAGGGUCCGACAACAACACAGCUGUGCUCCAUUGACUCUAAUGCAGUCGUUUCAGAUUUCCUUCAUUUUCAGGCUGGUUUUGUGGAUUUGGAGCUAAAUGUUGUGCCUGGGGCACGUCGUGUAUUAAUGAUACUCGUUACCUGGAGAGGUUGGAAAAAGAUAUACGUUUCUUCCCUGUUCCAAAACCAAAACCAAACCCUGAAAAGUGUAGGGUUAGCUAGCUAGCUACUGAAGAUAUAGCCUACUGAAUGUAUACACAUGCUGCUUUUGCUUUUUAAUGAUUAUAACAGUGAAACAAAGGCCGACCCUGCUGUACAGGAACCAGUGAAGGGAAGCAGGGAAACUUUGCUCAUAUUCAACCAGCUCUGUGUCAUUGUAUUGUGCACAGAUGAAUGUUGUUUGGCGGUGGAGGUCCAGGUGCUGGCAGCAGCACGGGGGCUAGGCCAAACACGGUUCAUCUGCACACACUGCGAUGCCACACAGCUAGUUCAGUAUCAGCAAAGUUUCCCUUAUAUUCAUUGUCUUGUGUGGCGAUCAGCAGUGAUGUGGUGGUUCACUUUUACACUGUGAUCUGUAGCCUAUAGUUGGGCUUUAGCUUCUAACUAUCUUUGUCUUUUUAACCUGUUGUUGCUGCUGAGUCAGUUUGACAUCCUGGAUAUAUCCUUCAAACACAGACUGUAGACCCCUCUGUCUGCUUCUCUCUGCAAUCACUCUUUCCUUUCUCCAAAAACAUUAUAACAUUUCCUCAGGGAGUGCAGUUAGUUACAGUGUGGGCUCCAUGCUUACUCUGUCAGCUUGUCGGACCAUCACAAAGGGGCGGGGCUUAGUGAGAGGUCAAAUAGAAAGAAAAUAGUUCCUACAUGAAACUGCUCACAACAAGGUCUGUAGAUCAUCUUCAGUUACCGGGUCAUGAUUUCUGGAAAGAGACAUUGCUGUUGAGUUGUUCAAAUGUAUUUUUUGACACUUUUAGCACCACAAGCCGAGUGCCAUUGACUUUUAUUAUAAUGGAGAGAAGGCAGACAUCUCUGCGGCUGAUAUCUUAAACACUCGGCAACUCACACCAAAACAAUCUAGAUUAAUAAAUAGCACGAUAGGUAAGAGGAAAAAAUUGAUUUUGGGGUUAACUGUCCCAUUAAUGGUUUCAAAAUCAUGUCACUUAUGUUUACAUGUCUCUGCUGUUCAUUUGCUGCUGUGAAUUUGACAGCCAGUUUAUUUUUUAGCCUUAAAUGUAUUUUACAGAAGCCAUACUUGAUUUUAAUGAACUUUUGAUGGAUACGUGGUCUUUUGUUUUAAUCAGUUCUCUCAGUGCAAUGUAAUUUAACAGUAUUCCAGUACAUUAAUAGAUUCUGAAUGUUGCAUCAGGGGAAGUCAGCUUCUUGUCUUUGUUAAAGCUAGACUGGCCCCCCGAUGUUUUAACUGUGUGUUUAAUUUGCUAUUCAGGGCUGCCAUCAGGUGAAUAAUUUUAUUUUCUGUGAUUCUUACUGUACAAGUUGCCUUCCAAAUAAAACAGUGACAUAGGGUUGAAAUGUUUUAUGUUGUGUAUUAUGUCCAGCAGAGGGCGCCCUCUGCAUAGUAAUGUACUUGGUUGCAUCACUUGGUAUCAGUAGGAAGUCAAAGGAAGCACUAUAUUUAUUUUCAGUACUUUAUUCUGAGAACCACAAACACAGAUAAUAGAUUAGAGUGUACUUCAUAAAAAAAACCUCCUCACACACAAUCUGUCCGGAGGUUUCACUUAAUAUAAAUAAAUACAAAGGAGUUGUUAGAUGGAAAUUAAAACAUCAAAUCACAUUCAUCAAUAUUAUUUACAAGACAAGGUGACUUUUUACACUGGUGGGGAGCUGAAAUGCUUUACAAGAGAUCUGUAGAAAUAUGACACUUUUAUGAAGCAGGAAUGUUGUCAAAUAUCAUCCUCAACACUGAUGCCAUUUUGUCCUCUGCUGCCUCACAGUUUCAUAAAGUGCCGUAUUGUUUUUAUUAAAAACUUUUAGCUCUUUUCAUCACAGGGCGUUGACCUCAUUUAAGUUACAGUCGUUAUUUUUACACGUUUAAA